UAAGUUUUUCUCCCUCUUUUUUAUUUCUUUCCUUCUCUUUCCUUUGUCUAUCAAGUAACCCUAAAACAGGGACAAGCAUUAUCUCCCCUUUCUUGUAUAUCUUAUAGCUACUUGCGGUAUCUAUUUAUAUAUAUAUAUAUAUUUCUUUAUCGUACAUAUGGAAACAGUCAAACCCAAACGCUUUUCAUUUUCUGGCUUUGGAAGUAGUCUUACCAGAAGCCUAUCAUUUAACAAACCUAAAGAAGAAGAAAUUGUUGUGCUUCCACCGCAAGAAAGUGACGAUGAACAGCGUAGAAAUAAGAGAGCUCAGAAAUCCAAGAGUCUAUACAUUAAAUCGUUUAGAAAAAUUGGAACCAGCAGUGAUGAAACAACACCUAAAAAGACGGAAUUCGAUGCCGCUGAAGCAACACAGACAAACAGUAAGGAAAUAAAAAGUUCUAUCCGACGAUCUCUAUCAGCUGUCUUGUACGCAACUCCACAUGCAACAUCAGGAAAAGACGGUAACAAGCUUGUUCCUAUCUUAGUUACACCUGGUCUUUCAGAGUCUGUAGGUGGUAUAUUAAUCAGCGAUGCUGGAAAGAGUCAAGAAAAGGAAGAAGGAGGAGGAGGAGGUGAAAAUAAAAAGAAAAAGAAACCUGUUGAAUAUGAUAAUACAUUAGAGGUCUUUCCAAACAAAAAGAAUGAUGCAGUGACAAUCUUAUGGCAAGGAUACGGAUAUACUGUUUUAUACAGUGGCGAGGAAGAAGAAGUAGCAUCUGAAAUACUGGAGAUUCAAGAAAAUGUGACUGAAACGCCUCAAUACUUGAAAUCACGCUUUGAAAAAGAGACUUGGACAUCUUAUCGUGGUCUUAUUCACCCACUUCAUUUGUUUCAAGAUAAGGACGAAGUCACAAACCGAGGUCGCUGGGCAGGAUUAAGUGUUUCUGAAUUAAGACGCUAUUAUGAUAACUAUGGCUCCAUGAUGCUAAAAAUCCGAGAAGCUAGAAUGCUUCAACAACAAAAACAAUACCAUUGUAUUUCUGAUGCAAAAAAGGAAUGGAUUAUCAUACCAGCUACAGAAGUAGAGCAGAAAGAAGACAAAUCACCUUAAAUAUAGAUACCCCUUUAAUAUAU